UUCGCUUUGCAGUUGCCUGGUCCCUCUAACAUCAUAUCCCUGUCGGAGUUGUCCCAGUUCAUCAGAUACUACAGCAGCCCGGCGAGCCCGGUGUCUGAUCUCCUGAAUUACAACAAUAAUAAUAACUCCCCGUCUCUGUUUCCCCUCGUUGCAGCUCAGCAAACCAUGCAGGAUGAUUUACUGAUGGACAAAAACAAAGCCCAGCCUCACCAUCAGCAAGAUCCGACGCAAGUAGACCCUCCUCCCUCCACCCCGACCCCGUCAUCGGAGCCCACUUCUUCUUCAUCGGAGUCGGAGAGCCCGUCGACCGGGAGCAACCAAGCGGCUUCAGCGCUGAGCAGCAGCAGCAGCAGCAGCAAGGACAAAGUGCCGAUGGAGUCGCCGAUCCUGCCCGGGUUGAGCUUCCACCACCAGCCGCAGGAGACCGGCGGCCCCCUUUCCUCCCCUUCCUCCUCGUUCGGGAGCACUUGGUCCACGGGAACCACAAACGCCGUGGACGAUAGCUUUUUCCAGGGAAUACCCUCGGUGAACGGGACGAUGCUUUUCCAGAACUUCCCCCACCACGUCAACCCGGUCUUCGGGGGCAAUUUCUCCCCGCAGAUCGGUCUGGCUCCCCAGUCCCAACAGCAUCAACAGCAAGCCCAGCAGCAGCAACAGCAGCCGCCGCCGCCGCCGCAGCAGCAGCAACCCCAGCAGAGGAGAUCCCCUGUCAGCCCCAGCCAAGGCCCCUUCCCCCAGAGAAACGCUUAUCAGACCAUCAUGAAUAACAGCAAGGGGUCAUCGUCGUCGUCUUCUGCCCCGUCGUCCGCUUGGAAUAAUCACCAAAACGCCGCAUGGAGCACAGCCUCCAACCCCUGGAGCGGGCUGCAGGCAGGCAGGGACCCGCGCAGAGCGGUGGGCGUCGGGGUAGGGGUCGGGGUCGGAGUCGGCGUCGGGGUGCCGUCACCCCUCAACCCCAUCUCCCCCAUGAAAAAGCCCUACACCAGCAAUGUCAUUGCACCCCCCAAAUUCCCGAGACCGGGUCCCCUCACCCCCAAGCCCUGGAUGGAGGACAGCGCCUUCAGGACUGACAACAGCAACAACAUACUGCCUUUCCAGGACCGGAAUCGGCCCUUUGAUGCUUUUAGCUUGCACUCUUUGGAGAAUUCCUUAAUGGAUAUGAUAAGGACUGACCAUGACAAAGGUAAACCACACCCUGCCGGUGGCCCACCAAUGACUAUCGCUGAUAUUAUAUGGAGGAAUCAUUUUGCAGGACGUAUGGGCCUCAACUUUCAUCAUCCUGGAGCAGACCACAUAAUGCCAUUGAACAGUCGCUCCUGUCUUUUUCCCUUUGAGGAUGGUUUCCUCGACGACGGCCACGGUGACCCCUCCCUGACCCCGGGCCUGAACUCGCCAACCCGCUGUCAGAACGGAGAGAGGAUGGAGCGCUACUCCAGGAAGGUCUUUGUUGGGGGCCUCCCCCCUGACAUAGAUGAAGACGAAAUCACCAACAGCUUCCGUCGCUACGGGCACUUGGUGGUAGACUGGCCCCACAAAGCUGAGAGCAAAUCCUACUUCCCACCUAAAGGCUACGCCUUCCUGCUCUUCCAGGAAGAGACUUCUGUUCAGGCCCUGAUCGACGCCUGCAUCGAGGAGGAUGGCAAACUCUACCUGUGUGUAUCCAGUCCCACCAUCAAAGACAAACCGGUCCAGAUCCGUCCCUGGAACCUGAGCGACAGUGAUUUUGUCAUGGACGGCUCCCAGCCUCUGGACCCCCGCAAGACCAUCUUCGUAGGGGGGGUGCCGCGGCCCCUGCGUGCAGUGGAGCUGGCUAUGAUCAUGGACCGGCUGUAUGGAGGUGUUUGCUACGCCGGCAUCGACACUGACCCCGAGCUCAAAUACCCGAAGGGGGCCGGCCGCGUGGCCUUCUCCAAUCAGCAGAGCUACAUCGCCGCCAUCAGCGCUCGCUUCGUUCAGCUGCAGCACAAUGACAUCGACAAAAGGGUGGAGGUGAAGCCGUACGUCUUGGACGACCAGAUGUGCGACGAGUGCCAGGGGGCGCGCUGCGGGGGGAAGUUCGCCCCCUUCUUCUGUGCCAACGUCACCUGCCUGCAGUACUACUGCGAGUACUGCUGGGCCAGCAUCCACUCGCGAGCCGGCCGAGAGUUCCACAAGCCACUGGUGAAGGAGGGGGGCGACCGCCCUCGACACGUGUCCUUCCGCUGGAGCUGAGGGGGGUCACAAGUCAGCCCUGCCCCGGGGGAACCCACACCCGACCCCUGAAAAAGCUCCCACCCCACAGGCCGGGACAGCGCUGCAACCCCUCCCACCGCCCCACCUACUCCACCCUGCUCCCCACAAACACCUCAUGAAAAAAGCAAAAAGGAUACCGUCAAAUCCGUGGGACUGUCUUCAUACCACAUGGCUCUGAACUCAUUGUCUGGUGUUCCCCUCUGAUGAAGCAUUGCGGGGAAAUGAAAUGCGAAAGUCUAUCAGCUUAGAAUUUGCACUUUGGCACAAAAUGUCACCAAACACAGACACACACACACGCACACACAGACAGGAUGGUAUGUUAGACGCCUGGCUACUUUCAGUUCCCCGUUCUGUUGACUGGGUGGUGUGGUACGUCCUGUUGGACCCCCCCUUACUGACACAGAGGUGGGACCAUACAAAUAUUUAAAAAGUAUAUAUUUUUUGUUUUGUACCUAUCUAUACAUAUAUAGAUAAUUUAAAUUUUAUGUAAAAGGAGCAUGCACUUAUUUUCAAAAGCUGUAGUUAUAUUGCCCCGAGGAUAAAAAAAAAUUUACCAAAGGCAAAUGAAAUUAAUGCAUACAGAAAAGCUAAUAGGUGGCAUAAGAUGUAGCAAGAUGUAACAACUAUCCAGUAGUGCGGGCCUAUAUCGCCCAGAGUAAAAAUAACACCGGCUAUAUUCACUCUCAAUUUUGACUCUGAAAAUAUUAAUACCUCAUAUGCGCAAUCGGAUUAGUUUGCUUUGGAUUUCUAGGUCUUUAUUUUUAUAAUAACAUUAUUUUUUAGUGUUAUGUAAAUGUAAUGCUGCAAUAGCUUUGCUGCUAAAUCCAUGGUAUAAACAGAUACCAUAAGUAUUUUAUUGAGGCUAGGGUGUAAAAUAAUAACUAACAGAUCUAGAGGAAUGACGAGCUAUCGUAGGGGGAGGGGGGCGCCCCUAGACAACGAUGGCUACCUUUUGUGGGGGUCAGGGUGGGUCGCCCCUUACUGCAUGUUUAUUUCAAAUCAGGUUGCUGCAUGCAAUAGACUUUUCAGUAUCAUGUCUACUAUUCGAUUCUGCCCAUGUUUGCACAACACACUACAGACGUACGUUCAACUCGCACGAGACUGGACAGAAACAGGGAAGGCUGGUCCAAGGAGAGGCGGCGGCUCCACGGCGCCGGUCGGGCUGACGGGCCGCGCCACAGGGCGGCCAGAGCGGGCGGUUCCUGCGCCAACGGGCAGUGAACGCAUCCAGAUGAGGGGGAAAAAAAACAACCUUAAUAAUCACAAAUCAAAUUAAAUGUAGGACUACCAUUUAAAAGUGUCUAUGAUAGGUGAAGUACUUUUUUGCAGUGAUUGUUGAUAUAAUUGUGCAAUUUUUUAUACCGUAUGUAGUUAGGUCUGAGUAUGCCUAGAACUGUGAUUCGCUUUAACUGUCGUCAAUGUCCGACAUAGAAGUCCUGUGAAACUUCAUAACUAGUGUAUGCACACGUAUAUAUGUUCUCUUGUACACACACUUGCACCAGUCUACACGGAAGCCUCUCGACACACACACGAACACACACACACAUACACACACGGAUGGCCAUCUUUUCUUAACGCACACGAGCAGGCCUACAAACGCGGAGUCUGAUCCGAAGAGAAGACGCAGCGACGUGAGCUUAAACAGAGAACCGAGGUCUUUUAUUUUUUUGCGUUUCCUUUUUUGAUUUGUCCCACCGUCGACGAAGGCGCACGUUUACGUCCCAGAAUGCAACCAAAGAGCUCACGUGUCGGACUUUCAGCAGACCACCUGACAGGCGGAGGGAACGGCCACCCGCUCACACGGCCUGCAGCGGCACUGUUGAUAGGAUGAGGGCAGAU